CACGAGCCACUCGCUCACCUACCGAACAUUUAGGAGGCUGCCUUACCUCUCCACUAAACAUCACAUAUUGAAGCAGUAUUUACAGCAUCAAGAACCAUGCUACCCUACGAGGCGGGACCAUUUCUCGCCUUCUGCUGCUCCACUGUGUCGCCAGAGCCAUAAUCAAUGAGUUAUUAUCUCUCAGUUCACAACUUUUCCGCCGAGUCUCAGGCGCGCUUCUGCGUUCACCGUUUAUUGAAGUCUUGGCUUUCCAUAGAGGAUCCCAGUCUUCGCAAGCUGCACACCGCCAUAGCGAUCCCCGUCUUUGCCUAAGCUGCAAACCGCAACUCCACCCAAUUUCAAUUGAUCCGCCAUUAGAAUGAUCAGUCGAUCGUCAUCGGCGGGAUCCUUCACUCUCGAUACGCGUUAUGGCAAGUCGAAGCGCUUCGCAGACCUUAAGCUCUCCACGUGCGCGGUUUGGUCCAUCACCGGCCUCUGCGGCUUUCUCCUCAUCUGGCGCCUCGUUUCUCCCCACUGCAACUGCCCGAAAAACAUUCCCGUACCCGCUCCAGCCGCCCCGUUACCCGGUACAAUAACCGGCGGUUUCCGGAUCUUAGAUCCCGGCGAGCCCGUGGACCCGCACGUAGUUAAGAAAUUCGGGCCGGAGAUUUGCAACAGGAAACGGUACCCGCCGACACAGGCGUUACAAGCCGACUCGGUUACCAUCUUAAUUAACGGCUACGCCGAAGCGCGGAUACCGCUGCUACAGGAGACGCUGCAGAUAUACGCGGAGAGCCCGUUAGUGGACGCGAUUUAUGUGCUAUGGGGAAACGUCUCGUCGCCGUUCUCGGUGGUCGAGGGCGACUUGGGAUGGUGGGACGACGGGUCGAGCGGGGAAGGAGCGGCAGCGGCGGCGGCGGGGGCGAUUGCACAAGCAGAAGAGAUCGCGACGCGGGAAAAAGCGGACGGGAUUCCCGGCGGGAAUCGCGGAUUGGGUGGGGGGAUCCGCGUGGGCGGCCCGGAGUCUAAGAUCCACAUAGUCAGGCAGCUUUCUGACAGCCUGAACGACCGGUUCCUUCCGCGAAAGUUCAUCCGCACGCGAGCCGUGAUUAUAUGCGACGACGAUAUCACGAUAGACGAUAAGACGUUAGAGUUCGCGCUCCGGGUUUGGGGGGAAAACGAGCAGCGGCUCGUCGGAUUCUUCCCGCGCGCGCACGUGUAUAGCUUAGAGGAAAAGGGCUGGGUGUAUACUAAGCGCGAAGACCGGUACUCCAUAGUUUUAACGAAGCUUUUUAUCCUGCAUGCGGAUUACCUGUUUCGGUACACGUGUCACACGCCGGAGGGGGUCAAGGAGUACGUGGAUUCGGGGAAGAACUGCGAAGACAUCGCGAUGAACUUCGUCGUUUCGCAAAGGGCGAAAGUCGGGCCGCUAUUGGUGGACGGCAAGCCGCGCGAUUGGGGCGACACGCGGAACUCGGAGAAGGAGUUGAGCGACGUGGGGCUGAGCGCGCGCGCCGGGCAUAAGAAGGACAGAGGAGGGUGCAUCGGCGCGUUUCAGCGGCUGUGGGGCGCCAUGGAGCUACGAUACAGCUACUCGAAGGCCACGCCCGAUGUGAAGGAGAUGGUGUUCUGCGACAAGUUCGGGUACAUGAUUCACUGCGACGACCGCGCUCGCACACGCAUGCAGGCAGCGAGGGCAGCCGGGCUGCACCGCGUGGUGGUGGAGCAGCGCUACGCCUACGCCACUCUUGUCGCCUCGGCUGACCUGUUACCGGCCGCGCUGGCGCACGCACAGUCGUUGCGGCUGACGGGCACGGCGCACGACCUGGUGCUCAUGGUGGACGAGAACGCCCAUGAUGUGAAUCUGAAAGACCGUCUCUUGCUGCUGCAUUUCGACCACGUGCGGCGCGUGCCCACUGUUACCAACCCCUACGGAGUCAAGGGCUUCUCGAAGCUGAACGCGUGGCUGAUGACAGAGUACGACAAGGUGGUGUACAUCGAUGUCGACACGCUCGUGCUGGCCAAUCUGGACCACCUCUUUGACCGCCCUGAGCCGACAGCAGUGCCCGAUGUGUACAUGAGCAGCAAGUUCAACAGCGGACUGCUCGUUUUGAAGCCGUCCCAUUCAACCUACAGCGAUAUGAUGAGCAAGAUGCACCGGCUUCCCUCGUACAACAAGGGCGACCAGGGCUUCUUGAACGCUUAUUUCUCCGGGUGGUUCCACAUGCCGCCCGCGCACCGCCUCGCCGCCCGCUACAACGCCGUCAUCUUCUUCCCGGACCACUACCACCCGCCGCCCUGGUUCCGCGUGGAGGCCGCCCAUGAGGCGCUCAACGGGCCAAUCAUGAUGGUCCACUUUGCCAAUCCCUGGUUCAAACCGUGGCGCCUGGGCAGCCACGAGGGGGGAGUGGUGGGAAUUCAUGGGGAGGGGGGAGGAGGGAGAGGAGGGGGAGGAGGGAGUUUGUCUUCGGCGUUGUCUUCGACGCUGUCUUCGUCUCUUACUUCCUCUCAGAGUGGGGUGAGCAAGGAAGCAGUGGAGGCUGCUGCAGCAGCGACGCUGCAGGCAGUGGCAGCAGGGGGGAACGGGAACGGGACAGCAGGAGCAGGCGCUGGGGGGGCAGGAGGGAUAGUUGAAGGGGGAGCAGGAGGCGCAGGAGGGCUGGAGGAAGGGCCGCAGGUGAAGGUGAAUCUGUGGUGCUCGCUCUGGCUGUACGUGGCGCACGCCUUGGAGGAAAACGACUGGUACCCCUUGGACCCCACGUCUAUCUCACUCACUCACUUCCUCCCCAACCGAGCACAGUACGAAGCUCUCGUCCCCGCCCACGCCAAGGCCCGGUCCGCGUCAGCCGCAGCAGCCGAAGCAGCCGCCGCAGCCGGAGCAGCAGCAGCAGCAACACAAUCCGCAGCUGUUGCCUUCCCCACCACCACCCCGGUGCUGCUCUCCCCUGUUUCCCACCAGCCGGUCAUCCCCAGCCGCCCCACUUACAUCGGCCGCGAGGGCUUUGUGACUCUGAUCACCAAAGAUAACUACUUCGCAGCGGGGGUCUGGGCGGCAUCCUACCUGCAGCACCACGCGUUCUCCUCUUUCCGGAAAACUCUCCUCCUUGUGCUCUCCACCGUGCCCCGCGACCACUGGCAGCCCUACCGGAAGCUGUUUAACUACGUGCGGGUGGUCGAGCCGAUAGUGGUGAACGGGCGGCAGCUGGACGACGCGUUUGCGGUGCUCAACGCGUGGAACCAGAAGGGGUUUGACAAGCUCGUGUAUGUUGACCCGGUGGCGCUUUUCGUCGACAACUGCAAUGAGCUGGUUACCAGCUACGACGCGUUUGCCGCCCCGCCGAGCGUGUUUCCGCCAGACAUGUUCACAUCCCGGGUGAUGGUCCUUCAACCCAACACCACCACCUUUGACGACAUGGUCGCGAAACUAGCCGUGCUGCCGUACCCUGAGGGCUCGGUCGACCGGUUUCUCAACGCGUACUACUACGAGUGGUUUGCGUGGGCGCCGGCGCACCGGCUGCCGCCGUCGUUUGCGGUGGACAUGUGGUUUAAAGAGGGCCUCAUGAAGUUCUUUGUGCCGUGGCGCAUCGUUAUGUUUGACUCGAGAGCCACUCCAUGGAGCGACAUCAGCGACUGGAUGGCGCAUGACCGCACCAAGGCUGUGAAGCUAUGGAGACGGACCUUCUGCAGCCUGGAGGAUAGCCUGAGACCUUCGAGUCUGGCUCAUUUGUGUGCGGAUCUCAUCUAGGGAUAGCGGACUAUAUCCGCCACUGCAAUGAGGGCCAUGCCGUGGAGCGACAUCAGUGACUGGAUGGCGCAUGACAGACUGCACCAAGGCUGUGAAGCUGUGGCGGCGCACUUUCUGCAGCCUGGAGGAUAACCUGAGACCGCCUAACCUUGCCCACCUGUGUGCAGAUUUGAAUUAGUAAGCUACCCAAAUACUGUGUGAAUACUAUGAGAUGAGAAUAUUGUGAGAGCACUGUGUAUAGGUGAACACAGAACAGUCAGUAACUGGAUGGCUCAUGAUGAGUCAUGACCAGGCCCUCAGAUUCGUUUUAGGCCACGCUGAUUGAUCAGUGUCGAUCUCA